AUGAACUUCGAAGUAAAUGGCACACACGCCUCAAAAAACCAAUAUCCAUUACAAAACACGUUUGCCUUAACAGUACAUAAGACCCAAGGCAUUACAAUACCACACACUACGUUAACAAUAGAUGAAAACAUGUUCGCCCCAGGUUGGCUACUUGUUAAUG